AAUCAUUUAUGGUUUAACAUUUCGUGAAUAUGAAUUAUGUGAAUAUCAGAGAACACAUUUAUUUACAUAGUCGACUGUUGCGUAGCAGCAGCUGGUGUAAAACACAUUUUUUACCAACAGUCAUUUCCUACACAGCUCAAAGGAAAUGGCUUGUUUCAGGAAACUGAGUGACUUGUCGUUUAUUGCAUCAACAUGUCAGCGGAUCAAGGUACAGUCACAUCCAUGGACGUGGACGUGGCCUUUCUCAAAUCCAAGAGGGGAAUCCUGAAAGCAGCAGAGAUGGUGACUCUGUUUGCGGCUUUUGUGGAUUUCACUGUCGUGUCCACACCAAAGUACAUCACAGCCACUGUGCUGGAACUUCUCAUCACUUCACUGCUGCUGUCGUUGUACCUGUUCAAACUCAACAAGAGGCUGACCUUCUUCUUUUGGCCUUUAGUUGACGUUUUCAAUUCAGUCUUUGCAGUCUUCUACUUUCUUGUCUUGAGCCUGUUGGCUAUGAUCACACACACCGUCACAGGCAUGCUGGUUGGAGGGAUAUUCACCCUCGUGUUAGCUGCUCUGUUCAGUGCAGACGGCUACAUUCUCUUCAGGAACAUCACGUUCAACCAGCCAAGAGGUGAAACCCAGAGUCCAAACAAUCAAUGAGUGAAUCAAUCACAUCAACUCACUCCAGUGGAUCAUGUAUUGGUACUUUAAAUAUAUGUAAAACGUGUAACACCACGACCCACUGCUACUUAUGAGUAUUAGAAUGUACUGUGAUGCUGUUCUGCAGGCUACAAUAAUACGUUUUUAAGGUUUACUUUAAAGUUUGUAGUUUGCAGCAUAUUUAAGAUGCUUGCUGUAAUUAUUGAGUAUUAAGUGACUUUACAUAUUAUUAAAAAAAUAUAAAGCUGUGACUCAUUUGAACCAUAUUUUACAGAAUUUUACAUUGACACAAAUAAACAACGAAGAUAUAUGAAACACGAA